AUGAGUUAUCAAAGACCAAAUGAUGAUUUCAAUCACCUACAUCCUAAUAGAUAUAAUAAUAGAUCUAAUCAAAAUCGAUAUAGAGAUCAAUCAGAUCAAUCAGAUGAUGAUGAUGAUUCAUUAAAUUUUAUUGAUCAUCAUAAUACAAGUCAAACUCCUUUAAAUCAUGGUACUUAUAAUUAUCAAAAUUUAUCAACAAAUUCAAUAAAUUUUCAACAACCUGAACCAAUUUAUCAUCAUAAUCAAUCAUCAACUUCUUUAGGUGGUGGUGAUCUUGAAAAUAUUAAUUAUUAUAAUCAACCUAUUUUUAAUACAACCACAAGUGAUCCUUUCACCAACACAAAUGGAGAACAAUAUGAAAUGCAAUAUCAAGGAUAUAAUAAUAAUUAUAAUCAAGCAUUUGUACCCCAUGUUUAUGAUGAUGAUGAUUUAGAAGAAAGAGAAUUUGAUCAAAGAAUUCAAUAUAAUAAUUUUGAAGGUGAUCAUUAUGAUUUAGCAACUGCAAGUUAUAUAGAUGAUGAUAAUGAACCACCAACUAGUGAAUAUUUACCUGUUGAAAGAAAUAUAUUGGAAGAUGAAGAAGAACCACCAGAAUCUCCAUUUGGGAAUGAAAAUAUGGAUUAUCAACAACCUCCUCCAUUACAAGAAGAAUUGAGGUCGAAAAAACCUAUAAGAGCCUCGGGGAUUAAUGGUCAUUUAGUUUUAGAUUGUCCAGUUGCUGGUGAAUUAUUAUCGAAAUUUCCAGAUUAUAAAGUUGAUGAAAAAGAUGGUGGAUUAUCUAGAGAAUUUGCGUUUAUGAGAUAUACUGCAGUAACUUGUGGUCCUUCUAAUUUUUAUAGAGAUGCAUAUAUUUUAAGACCUGUCCAUUAUCCUAUACCUAGACAAACUGAAUUAAUGAUUGUUGUAACAAUGUAUAAUGAAGAUGAUAUUUUAUUAGGUAGAACUUUAAAGGGGGUUUUCAAAAAUAUUAAAUAUCUUGAAUCUAAAUCAAGAUCUUCUGUUUGGGGUAAAGAUUCAUGGAAAAAAAUUGUUGUUUGUAUUGUAAGUGAUGGUAGAACUAAAAUAAAUGAAAGAGCACAAGCAUUAUUAGCUGGGUUAGGAGUAUAUCAAGAAGGUUUAGCUAAAAGUAGAGUUGAUGAUAAAAAAGUUCAAGCUCAUAUGUAUGAAUACACAACAAGAGUUGGUAUAAGUUCAGUAAAUGAUGAUGUUGUAAAAUUAACAACUGAAAAAAUUGUACCUGUUCAAAUGUUAUUUUGUUUAAAAGAAAAUAAUGCUAAAAAGAUAAAUUCUCAUCGUUGGUGUUUUCAAGCUAUUGGUCAAGUAUUAGAUCCCAAGAUAGUUAUAUUGUUAGAUUGUGGUACUCAACCUUCUGGUAAAUCACUUUAUAAAUUAUGGAAAGAAUUUGAUAGAGAUCAUAGAGUUGCUGGUGCAUGUGGAGAAAUUACUGCAUCCUUGAAAAAAAGACAAAUGAUUACUAAUCCUUUAGUGUAUGGACAAAAUUUUGAAUAUAAAAUUUCAAAUAUAUUAGAUAAACCAACGGAAUCAUCAUUUGGAUUUAUAUCAGUUUUACCUGGUGCUUUUUCAGCUUAUAGAAAUAUAGCAUUACAAAAUGAUAUAAAUGGUAGAGGUCCUUUAGAAAAAUAUUUUAAAGGUGAAUUUUUACAUAGUUCAGGAGAAUUAGAUCCACAAGAUGAUGAAUAUGAAUUAAAAAGAACAUUACUCAAGGAAGAAGCUGGUAUUUUUACAUCAAAUAUGUACCUUGCAGAAGAUCGUAUUCUUUGUUUUGAAUUAGUUGCAAAAAGAGGUUGUAAUUGGUUAUUAAGAUAUUGUAAAUCUGCAAGUGCUGAAACUGAUGUACCUGAAGGAUUAGCUGAAUUUAUAUUACAAAGAAGAAGAUGGUUAAAUGGAUCAUUUUUCGCAGCUAUUUAUUCAUUAGUUCAUUUCCCCAAAAUUUGGAAAAGUUCUCAUUCUAUUGGUAGAAAAUUUUGUUUUCAUAUUGAAUUUUUUUAUCAAUUUAUUAAUUUAAUUGUUUCUUGGUUUUCAAUUGGUUCUUAUUUUUUAGUGUUUAGAAUUUUAACAACUUCAUUAACUAGUUCAGAAUUGAAUUUUGCACCUGGUAAUGUAUUAUCAGUUGUAUUUUUAUGGUUAUAUUUAGCUUCAAUUGUUACUACUUUUGUUUUAUCAUUUGGAAAUAAACCAAAAGGAACUGAGAAAUUUUAUAUUGUUAUUGUUGUAUUUUUUGCAAUAUUAAUGGCAUAUAUGAUAUUUGCAGCUAUAUUUUUAGCAGUUCAUGCAAUAAAAGCCAUAUAUGAUGCUAACAAUUUUAGUGUUGAUUUAUUUUUUAAAAAUUCUCAAUUUAGAGAUUUAAUAGUGGCAACAAGUUCGACUUAUGCCCUUUAUUUUUUAGCAAGUUUUCUUUAUUUUGAACCAUGGCAUAUGUUUACAUCAUUUGCUCAAUAUAUUUUAUUAUCACCAUCAUAUAUUAAUGUAUUAAAUAUAUAUGCAUUUUGUAAUAUUGAUGAUGUUUCUUGGGGUACUAAAGGUGAUGUUGGUGGUAAAUCUUUGGGAGAAGCUAAAUUAAGAGAAGAUGGUACUUUUGAUGUUAGUGUUCCAAUCCUAAAGGAAGAAAUUAAUCAAUCAUACCUUAAUCAAUUAGAAAAAAUUAGAGAUCCUGCUCCACCACCUGAAAAACAACUUAUAAAAAAUACAGAAGAUUAUUAUGCAUUCAUUAGAUCAAUGACUGUUUUAAUAUGGAUGUUUUCAAAUUUUGUAGUAAUUGCAUUAGUUUUAGAAACUGGUGGUUUCAAUCAAUUUAAUUCAUCUUCUGAAACCGUUGAUGAAAUUAAAAAUAAUAGAUCAGAAAUUUUCCUAACUGUUAUAUUAUGGACAGUUGCAUUUAUGGCUCUUUUCAGAUUUUUAGGGUGUAUUUAUUACUUAUUAAGUAGAAUUGGUAGAAGAAUGAGAGGUAGUGAACAUGCUACUAAGAUGUGA